UUCCCUUGGAACUGCCCUGUGUUGACAUAAUAGUUGCUACCACUGGGUCAUACAAUGUACAGGAGGCAUAAGCCCAGUGCUAUAGAGAAGAGGAACUUUGCAGCCCAUGGAGUCGGACUGUCUUUGCCACAAAAUGACACAAGGUCUUUUUACAGCUUGUCUCAGCUUGUGCUCUCUGCUGGCCAUCUCAGACAACCACCAGUUCUCAGACAUUCAAAAAUCACUUACUUUGAAGUAGAAAUCCUUGAUGCCCAAAGCAAAAAGCAGAUCUGCAUUGUGGAUAAGGUACCUCCAUCAUCUACCCUUCUUGAUGUAAAACAUAAAUUUCACAAAACAUGCCCCCAGUGGUACCCCUCCCGGGUUGGCCUGCAACUGGAACGAAAUGGACCCUAUCUGAAGGAUUCUGUUAGCAUUCAAAGCCUGGCAGUUUCUUCCAUCAUUACCCUGUAUUUUACAGACCUGGGUCAGCAGGUCAGUUGGACCACAGUUUUUCUGACAGAAUACACUGGGCCUCUUCUAAUCUACUUGCUGUUUUACAUUCGUCUCGCAAGUAUAUACAAUGAACAGGAGAGUACUAAGAACUUUCGCCAUCCAGUAGUUCAUUUGGCCUGCUUCUGUCACUGUAUACACUAUAUCAGAAUUCUUCUGGAGACGUUAUUUGUUCACAAGUUUUCCGGAGGGCAUACUCCUCUGAAAAAUAUGAUUAAGGGGUGUGCCUUUUACUGGGGAUUCACUUCUUGGAUUGCUUACUACAUCAACCAUCCACGAUACACUCCACCAACAUAUGGCAACAGACAAGUUAUGCUUGCUGCCCUCGCUUUCCUGAUAUGUGAAGCUGGAAAUCAUUUUAUCAAUGUAGCUUUAGCUCAUCAAAAUCACUCAGGAAAUAAAUACUAUUUUCCAAGCCCAACCUACAACCCUUUCACGUGGCUGUUUGCAUUGGUUUCCUGUCCCAACUACACAUAUGAGAUUGGGUCUUGGAUUAGCUUCACAGUGAUGACACAAACACUGCCAGUUGGUGUUUUUGCUUUCCUGAUGGUCAUCCAGAUGUCUUUGUGGGCCCAGAAAAAACACAAGAUGUACCUGAAGAAAUGUAAUACCUAUACAUACAGGAAAGCAGCCAUGAUUCCAUUCAUCCUCUAAGCUCUUUAUGCAUCAGAAGCCUAUACGCACUGUUUGAUAUCUGACUCUGAGAGUAAAUGAGCCAUUUCCUUUAGUAAAGAGGUGUAAGGCAAGAAUGAUUGGGUAUUUUCUUCAGAUAAUUAACAGAUGCAAAUGGGGUGCUCUUUAUUAAGUGAAAAGAAUAUGGCUUUGAAUCCUUGCUUUGUGUCAGAAGAUAUGAUUUAAUUAGAUUUUGUGUAAUGGAGCUCAUUAGGAAGAGAAUAGAAAAUCCUUCUUGUUAAUAGUGGGCCAAAUCUUCAACUAGUUUAAUUGGGCUUAGCUCUAUUUAAAAUCAGUGGAACACUGCUGAUCUAUACUAGAUAAGAAUCUGUUUAUUUUAGGUUCGUUGUCAAACAUUGACCAGAGUUUCAGUGUUGCAUUGUUGAUUCACAGCUUUUAUUCUGUUAAACACUGGGCAGAAGUAGUGAGAGUUGUAUAAAUCCCUCUAAAAAGUAUCAUGGAGGAGUCUGGACUUAUACAGCAUUAAUACAGUUAGAAUGGCUUCACAUUUUUCUUUGACUGAAUCUAUUACUGACAGAAAGUUGUGCAGUUCAAAUGGGUUUAAAUUGAGCAAUAUAGAGAAAUCUGACUUUUUUCUAGGAUGCAGCCUACUAAUUCAGGAAGGGAAACGGUUUCUAUGAGAUCUCAGUUUUGUUUCUUGCUUUGCUAAUGAUUUGCCAUGGGGACUUGGAAAAGUACCUUAACUCAGAUUGUAGACAUCUCUCAUGGAGUUAGGAUGAUACCAAUUAUAUUUUGAUAUAGAUUUGAAAUGUAGAUCUGAUUCCAAGAUGAUUACUCUGUUCUUACUUUGCUGUUCUUUCUAAAAGAAAAGUACUGGUCUUCUUCAAAUAGCUGAAAACUCUAUAUAACAUGAUUUGCAAAUUGGCUGCAUCAUUUGCACAAAUAAAUAUAUUUCUUAGCAGCAAGAUUUGCUUGGAUUGUAGUACCAUUUGACAACAAAAAGGGUUAGGGUUGCUUCCACAAGCAUUAGCACUCUAAACUCCACUUCUCCUUCAAGUACUUGUCUGCAUGAAUGUUCUGUGGUGGUUGCAGAUGUGCCACAGGCAUUUGAGCUUGGAGACACUUUCAGCCCCUAUGGCACAUGAACACUACCUUUUCUCCACAUCUUCAAUAUGGACACAAACACUUCCUGUUCUUCAGUUCCUCUCAUUUCCCUUGGCUUAAGAUGGAUGUUCUACUGUUUGUUUCAGAAUAGGCAUUAGCCUAGCACCAUCUUUUCAAAAUCAUUAUUUUUAACCAUUUUUGGUCUCUGACUAUUUUAAUUUUUUUUUCGGGCAUUGGUGUAAGAUCACCCAAUACAAGAUUUUUCCCAGACACAAUCUCCUUUCAGGCUUGCUCCAAGUAUUUGCCCAAGGUCAUCAUAGAAUUUCACUUUUGUAACCAAAGCUGCUCGCUGAUUUUUUCUCUCCAAAUUUCACAUUCUCAGAACCUCUGUAGAUAUACUUGAUGUGAGGUUAGCUUUGUUCUUUCAUCUGAACAGGACUAAGUAUUCCUGUAAUUUCUAUUUUUCUUUCUUUCCAUAGCAAAAAGUUAGAGGCACAACAGUUUCCACUGAGGCUGCAUCCAGAGAAGUCUAGCCAUGUGGUAUGUGGCGCCACAGACAU